GUCAGACGCCCCACAGACUCCCAGAGCUGCGAAGCCGCGCGCGAGACGGGGCGAACCCAGACGCACCAUGGCCCCCCGUUCGCGCCUGGGAGCGCUGGCGGUGCUGGUGGCGCUGGCACUGGCGCCGUGCUUCAUUGCGAAUGGCAGCGGUGGAAAGGGGCCACGAGCCAUGGAACGUGGCAAGAUGCCUUCACUUCGAGCCCUGAGACUGGACAUGCCAGUUCAGGAGAUGAUCGAGCCAGUGACAGACUUUGCCGGCAACGGCACUGCGUUCGUCCUGAACUCCAAGUUGCUGUCCAACUCGGACCCCGCCGAGACGCAACGCUUCGACAUUCCCGGUUUCAACCCUGGCUUCGUGGUUGAUGGUGUCAUCAGCACGGAAGACUGUCAGAAGGUGAUCCACAUUUCCGAGGAGAUUGGUUUCCGGACUCGCUGGAGUCAAGUAGGGGCCGUGACCUUGUUCAUGCCAGAGGACUUCUCCAACCGAAUCUUUGAGAGACUGAAGCCCUUCUUGCCCAAGCACUUUGGUGGCCGACCUAUUGGCAUCCAUCGUCGCUGGGCGGUGCUGAAGUACGAGAAGGGCCAAUAUCUGAACCCACACAUCGAUGGCCACACCCCUGGGACUGUGCACAUACCAGGAACGGGACUCCAAAAGGAUACGGGAACCCGCUCGUACAUGACCUGCCUCUUCUGGCUAAGUGAUGAAGUCGAAGGUGGUGAGACAGUGUUCACAUAUCCACAGGGUGGCAUUUGGGUGGCUAUUCCACCCAAGACGGGGGCUGCCUUGUUGUUCUUCCAUGGCCAGAAUGCAGUGAACAACCCCAUGCACUAUGGAGGCGAUGUGAAAUCUGGGGUGAAGUACUUGGUGCGCUCCGACAUUAUCUACAAACCCUAGAGCUGCCAACCAAUGUCAUAGGUUGGCGUGAAGCUUCCGACUAGCUCACUCGAGAAACUCGAGAUGACAGGGAAGUUGCACUUGUGGACAAGAUUUGAC